AUGCCACCGAACGAGUCUGGAAACGCGCACCAUUUUAUUCUCCUCAAUUAGCAGCAAUACUCCCGAUCACAACCACGAACUUUGAUUUUUGUUUUUCUUUAAAUAACCAAUCACUGAUCCAAAUCUUUCUCUCUCUCUCUCUCUCUGCAAAUUAUCUUUUUCAUCCGGUAUCCUCCAAACAGAAGAUUAAGCGCCCCCAAGGUAUACAAGAACCCGAAUCAAAAUUUUUUUGGUGUGAGAAUUUACUGGCUUGUCAAGAAGAUGAAAUUCGGGGAGACUUUCACGGAGUACCUGCACGGUGACCAGGAGUGGUUCUUGGAAAAAUGUUCUCAUGUCGAAUAUAAGAGCCUCAAGAAAGUUCUAAAGACCUGUCGGAGUUGCAAACCAUUGGGUGAUUCCUGCAAAUCGGAAUGUCAAUUGUGUGAUCAGAAGUUCUUUUCUGAGCUGACGAAGGAAGCUUCGGAAAUAAAUGGAUGCUUUAGUUCAAGAGUGAGGCAUCUCCUUGAUCUUCAUGUUGCCUCCGGAAUGCAGGGAUAUUUAUUGCGUUUGCGUCGUUAUUUCAAGAAUGAUCAACAGGCAAUGGUACUAGAAGGACGGAUGCUGGUUGAAUAUGUUACAAUGAAUGCGAUUGCAAUCAGAAAAAUCCUUAAGAAGUAUGAUAAAGUUCAUUGCUCAGAAAAUGGGAGGAAUUUCAAAUCCAAAUUGCGGGCGGAACACAUUGAGCUUUUGCAAUCACCUUUGCUCAUAGAAUUGGCUGCUUUUUAUUUGAGUCUCAACGGAGAAAAAAAAGGAGAGUUUAAUGAGUUCUCCAGCCAGUUUUCUUGUGAUUUUGAUGCCACCCCACCUGUAAUGAAAUUGAGACUUCCGCAUUCUAUAAAGCUAGAAUAUGAUCUGACUUGCGCUGUUUGCUUGGAUGUUGUUUUUAAUUCAUACGCAUUGAGUUGCGGCCAUCUUUUUUGCAAGUCAUGUGCUUGCUCAUCUGCUUCUGUCUUGAUCUUCCAAGGCCUUAAAACUGCAAAUCCGGAGUCAAAGUGCCCAAUUUGCAGACAGGUUGGAGUAUAUGCAAAAGCAAUGCACAUGGUAGAACUGGACAUGCUAUUGAAAAAAAGGUGUAAAGACUAUUGGAAGGAGAGGUUUGCUGCAGAACGUGCCGAGACGACGAAACAAUCCAAGGAGUUUUGGGAUGCAGAGGCCAAGUAUUUAAUUGGGUAUUGAUCAUCAUGUGGUUCUCUCAUGAUAAAACUGAGUUUUCAAUCCUAGUACUAAGCAUUUGCAUGUGGUGGGAUUUUAGUGGUGCUUGGUGUAUCUUUGGUGACAAUGUUCGUGCUUUUAGUUUUAACUCACGAGGAAGACAUCUAUUUUCACCGUGACCAUAUAUAUCAUCAGUUAAUUUGCAAUG